AUGAAUUCCGAAAACCCCCACAAUCAGCUAAACAACAACAACCCAUUACUGUUCUCAUCCUCGGCGGAGGAACCGCCGCCGGAGACGGCGAAGAAGAUGAAGAGGAGCCGGGAGGCAGGCCGCAACUCCUCCACGAAGCACCCGGUGUACAGGGGCGUCCGGAUGCGGAGCUGGGGCAAAUGGGUCUCCGAAAUCCGGGAGCCUCGCAAGAAGUCGAGAAUCUGGCUGGGGACAUUCCCGACGCCCGAGAUGGCGGCGCGUGCCCACGACGUCGCCGCCCUCAGCAUCAAGGGCGCGUCCGCGACCCUCAAUUUCCCGGAGAUCGCGGCGGCCCUGCCCCGCCCGGCCUCCCUCAGCCCCCGCGACGUGCAGGCGGCAGCCGCCAAGGCGGCGGCGAUGGAGGGGUUGGGGACCCCCGCCCCCACCUCGCGGCCGUCGAGCGCGUCUCUGUCCUCGUCGUCGUCGAUGACGUCGCUGGGGUCCUCCGCAGAGCUUUCGUCGGCGUCGGAGGAGCUGAGCGAGAUCGUGGAGCUGCCGAGCCUGAGCCCCUGUUUCGACUCGCUGGAGUUCAGGAACGACUUCGUAUGCUUUGAUAAUGCAGCGGCGUUGGAGGGGUGGUUGGACCCGCCGGACUUCGAGACGCUGUUGUGGAAUUAUUAA